AUGUCGGGAGACAAUAAGAAGAGAAAGAAAAUACAACAAACGCAUACGCAGAAGCGGCAGGGGCGGCGUUCAUACAAGGAGGACCUUGAGAUUGCUCAGUUGGAGCAACAAAUCAAGGAUGGCGCGCCGCCGCGAGGUUCUAACCCCUUGGCGGCGCCUGAGCGGCAGGAUGCCGGCGCAUCGACAUCUUAUGCCGGCGCACGGACAUUCGACGACCUGCCUAUGUCACAGUACACAAAGGACGGCCUGAAAAAAGCAAAAUACGUCACGCUUACAGCGAUUCAGCGCGCUGCGCUGCCGCAUGCGUUGUGCGGUCGCGACAUCCUUGGUGCUGCCAAGACGGGCUCGGGUAAAACGUUAGCCUUCCUCAUCCCGUUAGUUGAGAAGCUGUAUCGGCUCAAGUGGACCAGGCUUGACGGACUCGGCGCUCUGGUGCUGACCCCCACUCGAGAGCUGGCGGUGCAGAUUUUCGAGCAGCUGCAGAAGGUGGGCCACUUCCACGACCUGUCUGCGGGUUUGUUGAUUGGCGGCAAGAACGUGCAGGAGGAGGUGCUGAGAGUGUCGGCCAUGAACAUCCUCGUGUGCACCCCCGGUCGCCUGUUACAGCACAUGGACGAGACGCCGGGUUUCGACACGUCAUCUCUGCAGUUGCUUGUAUUGGACGAGGCUGAUCGAAUUCUCGAUAUGGGUUUCGCGGCCACAAUGGAUGCCAUCGUGGCCAACUUGCCCCGGGAGAGGCAAACCAUGCUGUUCAGCGCCACGCAGACAAAGUCCGUUCGCGACCUGGCGCGUCUAAGCCUCACACAGCCCGAGUAUCUUGCGGUACAUGCGGAAGCGGCCGCACCGACGCCGGUGAAGCUGCAGCAGGCCUACAUGGUGGUGGAGUUGGGUCAAAAGAUGGACGUCUUGUGGUCCUUCAUCAAGUCGCAUCUGAAAGCCAAAACCAUCGUGUUUCUGUCCACUUGCAAACAGGUGCGGUUCGUGUUCGAGGCGUUCCGCAAGCUGCGUCCCGGCGUCCCCCUCCGCUGCCUCCACGGGGGCAUGAAGCAACCCAAGCGCACCGGCGUGUUUUACGAGUUCUGCAACGCGCAGGCCAUGGUUCUCAUCGCCACGGACAUCGCCGCCCGGGGGUUGGACUUCCCCACCGUGGACUGGGUCGUACAGGCUGACUGUCCGGAGGACGCCGCCACGUACAUACACCGUGUGGGUCGUACAGCCCGCUACCUCUCCUCGGGGCGGGCGCUACUGCUGCUACUGCCCUCAGAGCGAGAUGCCAUGCUGGCCGCCCUCACCGAGGCCAAGGUUCCGCUGACCCAGAUCAAGCCCAACCCCGCCAAGCAGCAGUCAGUCAGUCCCGCACUGCAGGCGCUGCUGUCCAAGGACCAGGAACUCAAGGAUUUCGCCCAGAAGGCUCUGGUGUCGUACCUUCGCUCCGUCUUCCUGCAACCGCGCAAGGACGUGUUCAACGUGUCGGCGCUGCCCGCGGGUGAUCUGGCGGCCUCCCUGGGCCUUGCAUCCGUACCCCGCUUGCGGUUCUUGAGGCGAGGACGGAAGGGGGGGGAGGAGGUGGUGGAGGUGGCGGGUAAGGAGGCGCUGCAGGAGGAGGAGGAGGAGGAGGAGGAGGAGGAAGUGGAAGACGGCAAGGAGGAGGAGGAGGACGCGGGGGGUGGACGCAGCGAGAAGAAGCGGCGACGAUUGAACGACUCCCCGGCGGCGGCUGGUGGCUUUAGGGGUGUUGACGGGGGUGGCAAAGUGGAGGAGGAGGAGGAGGAGGACGACUUCCUGGUGGUGAAGAAACGCGAUGUGUUUUCUGAGCCACUAGGUGUACGGCAGAAAGGCGAAGGUGAGGGAGAAGGUUAUGCGGUAAAGAGUUAA